AUGACCAAGAGUGUCCAUAAGUGUAAGGAUUCUGAUGAUGAGAAAGAAGAAAAAGAAAAGGCAAAGGAGGAUCAAAAGGCUGAAAAGGAGGACCAGGAGCCUAUUCCCAUUGCCACUCAUAAAGAGACAGAAAUUGGUUCCCAAUGGGAACAGAGGGAAGCUGUAAGUGAGGGGGAAGCCUCAAAGAAAGAGGACGGUGAGGCACUAGAUAAUGAUGAUAGUGAUGAUGAUUCCAGUGAUGAGGAGGUUCGAAUACCGGUUCAGAAGAAGCCUAUUGGAACACCGAGGAAAAGUCGUAGGCUCGCUUCUAAGGGAAAACGUCCGCCUCAACCUACUACACCUCUUUCACCAAACCAGGCCACAUCACCUACAGACCAAAUUCCAUCACCUCCACCUUCACCUAAUCCUGCUACACCGCGACCAACAACCACCACACCUUCUUCACCUGGCCUUGGCUUCACUGGUUUUGCUAAUCCUUCUUUAGUUCUUGCAGCUCUAUUAGAAACUGUUCUAAAAUAA